UUAGAUUCCAUGGGUGUUUUAGUAAUAAACCUUUGUUGUUUUUUUCUCUAUAACAUGUCUAUCAUCAUUCAAUAAGUUGAUGAUCAGCAAAAAGGCAAAAUCUUUUCUUACUUUUUAGUCCUUUUCUUUAAUAAUUGUUGGUUUGAAUUUGUUUUCUUGCUUUCACUAUAGUUUCACUAAAGAAAACUACCAGUCUCCAUCUGUUUUUUUUCUCUCUGAACCAAUUCUUCAUUCAAAGCAAAGAUCUUGAGGUGAAAGAUUGGAUUUUUAUUUUGUGUCUUUAGUUUCUUGAUUUUGGUUCAAAUUGAUGUAAAAAUGAAAUCUUUGAGGUGAAAGAUUGGAUUUUUAUUGUGUCUUUUUAGUUUCUUGAUUUUUUGUUCAAUUAGGUAUAAAGAUUGGGUUUUUAUUUUUGUGUCUUUUUAAGUUUUCUUGAAUUUUGGUUCAAAUAGAUGUAAAAAGAUGAAAUCUUUGAGGUGAAAGAUUGGAUUUUUAUUUUGUGUUUCUUGAUUUUGGUUCAAAUAGAUGUAAAGAUGAAAUCUUUAAGCUCAGUGGGACUUGCUUUAAGUGUGGUAUUUGGUUGUCUCUUGUUAGCUCUUAUUGCUGAGCUUUACUACUUGUUAUGGUGGAAAAAUAGGAUUCUUAAAACAAAUCUUGAAGAUGGUUAUAGCAAUAGUAGCAAAGCAAGAGAGUUUUGUUUUAUGUUUUGUGGUAAACCUUCAACAACUUCUUUGACUCCCUCCAAUGCUUUAAAAUCCCAAGAAAUUUGUUCAUCUGAUACACAAUUAGUCCAUGAACCAACACAACUUCAACUUGGGUCAAAUGUGGAUUCAAGUAGUGAUUUUUGGUUCAAACCCUUUGGAGAUGACACAAUGGAUGAUGAGUUUAUGGGACUUUGUGGACCACCAAGAUUUUUAUUUACUAUCAAAGAGGAAACUAAAGAGGAUUUAGAGUCUGAAGAUGGUAAAUCCAAGAGUAGAAAAGGAUCAAGAACUAGAAGUUUGAGUGAUUUAUGUCUAAAUGUUGAAACUCCUUUUUUAACACCACUUGCUUCACCUUCUUGUUUUACUCCACCUUUAAGCCCUAUUGUUAUGUCAAAAAAUGGUUUUAGUUUCAACCCUUUUCUUGAAUCAGCAAGUGAUGCUGAGUUUAAUAAGUUUAUAAGGUCUAAUUCUUCACCACCACCAACAUUUCAAUUCUUGAGAGAUGCAGAAGACAAGUUUUGUAGAAGAUUUGAUCAAAAUCUUGAAGUUUCAUCAAGUUCAAAGAUGUCUAAAGAUCAUGAGGAGAAUAGUGGACCAUUCAUUACACUCAUUUUCCCUAAAAACAGAGAGGUGCAACUUGAUCAACAUCAUGUACAACACUCAUCAAGUUCUUCACAAGUACUACCUUUAGCUUCUUCACCUCCAAUCCAACAGGUGAACCAACAAGAGUAAAUUUUGUUUCAUCCCCACCCCCCACCCCAAACCCC